CGCUGACAUCUCGGAUUUGAAUUUUCCGUGACAUCAUAUAAAAACUCGAAAAUUUCAAGAUGAAAUGUUUACUUUUUUCUUUUCAAUACAUAUCUAUUUAAAAGAAAAAAAAUGCGUUUCGCUUCUCCUGCCAUGACAGGCGCUCUUCGCGCUGCUGUUCAAAACCCUGCUCGUAUGAGUUAUAAGAGACAAACUCUCGGUGGUUUGCGCCAUUAUGCUAGUCAAGCUGAGCCAAAGAAGGGUGGCAGUAAGAUUUUAUUUGCUACUUUAUUGGGUGCUGGUGUUGUGGGUGGUUUGGCCUAUAAUUCUAGUCAAACUAAGGUUGUUCCUGUUGUAGGUGCCGAGCAAGCCAAAGAAAAGCCUACUGCUUUUAACCCUGAAGCUUUCAUUUCUCUCAAGUUGAUUGAAGUUGAACCUGUUAGCCACGAUACAAAGCUUUUCCGUUUUGCUAUCCCCGAAGGUACCAGUGCUGGUCUUCCUGUUGCCUCUUGUGUUGUUGUGAAACAUCAAGAAGAAGGCAAGAAGCCCAUUAUCCGCCCUUACACUCCUGUCUCUGAUCAACAUGCUGAAGGCCAUGUUGAUUUCAUCAUCAAGAAAUAUGAUACUGGUAAAUUGACUCCUGUUAUCCACGAUAUGAAGCCUGGAGAUACUCUCCAAUUCAAGGGCCCUAUCUCCAAGUAUGAUUGGGAAACCAAGCAAAAGAGCAAUGUGGGUAUGGUUGCUGGUGGUUCUGGUAUCACACCUAUGCUCCAAGUUAUCCGCAGAGUCUUUGAUGAAAAGUCUACUGACAAGAAGACCAAGGUUACUUUGAUCUUUGCUAACCGUACUGAAGGUGAUAUUUUGCUUAAGGACGAAUUAGACAAGAUUGCCAAACAACACCCUGAUCGCUUCAAGGUUAUCUAUGCCCUCGAUAAAGCUCCCGAGAACUGGGAUGGUAUCGCUGGCUAUGUUACUAAGGAUGUGAUUGAAAAGAAUUUCCCUAGUCCCAAGGAUGAAGACUCUGUCAUUAUGGUCUGUGGUCCUCCUCCUAUGGUUCGUUCCCUUGCUGGUGACAAGGACGGUAUGAAGCAAGGUGAACUUUCUGGUAUCUUAAAGGAAUUGGGUUACUCUCAAGGAAAUGUGUUCAAGUUUUAAGUAAAAAAAAAAAAGACUUUAUUGUUUACUAUGUA